UACUAGCUUGCUGUUAAAUUAUAUGAGACCAACACAGUGAAAGCAAACAUCACUUCCACUCAUGUCCUGCUGGACUUUAUGAUCCAGAAGAUGAAGGAGAGAGGAGACCAAGCAAAGGUGAAGAAACUGGAGGAGAUGAACAAUAAGAUGGAUGACAGAACCAGAGCAGCGCUGAUGGAGAGGAUGAAAAGAAUCACAUCAGUUUUUGACAACUUGAUCUCAGACAGUUUUGAGAUCAGAUCAGAGCUCCCUGCCGUCUACCAGCUGAGAACAAAGAAGGAGAAGUUUGGGACUCUGACCAGAGUCAUUUAUGGUCAGAAAGAUGUGAAGAAGCCAAACAGAACCAUCUUACUUGUUGAUGAAACAGGAACAGGAAAGUCUACUCUGAUCAACGCUCUGGUCAACUACACCAUGGGGGUGAAGUUUAAGGAUGAAGUCUGGUUUCAGAUUGUAGAAGAAGAGAAGAGAAGUCAGACAGAGAGCCAAACCUCAGAUGUGAUGGUCUAUCAGAUCUUUGGGUUUGAAGAUCAAACUCUGCCGUUCUCUCUGACAAUCAUCGAUACUCCUGGGUUUGGAGACACCAGAGGGCUAGAACGUGAUGAAAAUGUUAGUCAGAGAUUGUUAGACUUGUUUCGAUCAGAGGAUGGAGUUCAGGAGAUUCAUGCAGUUGGUCUGGUGAUAAAGGCAGCUGAGAACCGACUGAGUGACCGUCUGAUGUACAUCUUUAAUUCAGUGAUGGAUUUGUUUGGAAAAGACGUGGAGAAAAAUAUUGUAGCUCUGAUCACUCACUCAGAUGGAACAACACCUAGAAAUGCUCUAAAAGCUCUUGAAGAUUCAGAUAUUAAAUGUGCCAAAGAUGUAAACAAUCAGCCUGUUUACUUUCUGUUUAACAAUCUACAGAAGACAGAAAGGGACACAGAAAAGAAAACUGGUGCUUUGAAGCAUUCCUGGGAUUUUACUAACAAACAAAUACAAAACUUCACCGCCUACUUAGACACAUCCCAACCUCAGAAACUAGCAACAACUGUGAAGGUUCUGAAUGAGAGGAUCAGACUGACCGCCUGCAUCCAGAACCUGCAGGAGAGAGUGAAGCUGAGUGAACAGAAACAGGAAGGGAUUAAACAAAUCCAAGAAGCUCUCAAGAACAAUGAAAACGAGAUUAAGAAAAAUGAGAACUUUACUAUAGAGGUUGAUGUGACCUAUAAAGUCAGAGAACGAAUUAGUGAUGAGACGUGGUGGACGUGGUCUUUAUAUAACGCACCCGUCUGUUGCGAGCGAUGUGAGGAGAACUGCCACUACCCUGGAUGUACGAUGGCUUUGUAUGCUGGGCAAUGUGAGGUCAUGAAAAAUGGUCGCUGCACAGUUUGUACCGGAAAAUGUCCUGCAUCAGAUCAUGUGAAAGAGAAGUGGAAGUACGUGAACAAAACCAAGAAAGUUGAGAAGACUGUGGGAGCACUGAAGGAAAAGUAUGAGAAGAAUAAAGCUGAAUGUGAGAACAAGCGAAGCCUUUUGGAAAAUCUUGAAGAAGAAUAUAGGAAGCUGUCUGAAGAAAGAUCAAUGUAUCUGGAUGAAGCAUAUCAACAUGUCGUCAAACUGGAGCAGAUCGCCCUCAAUGUUGUAUCACAUUCCACUUUGGUCCACCUGGACUUUCUGAUUGAGAAGCUGGAGGAGAAAGGAGACACCCAGAAGGUUGAGAGACUGAGGAAGAUGAAAAUUGCCAUGGAUAAGAAGAAAACAAACUCUCUGGUCAGCUCUGGACCUCCUGCUGUCCAUCGGCUGAAAACGAGAACCAGCAGAUUUGAAGCUUGGACCAGAGUCACUAUUGGGGAGAAAAGGUGGAACAAACCCAAUAAGACCAUCCUUUUAGUAGGUGAGGCAGGAAAAGGAAACCCUUCUCUGAUCAACGCUCUACUGAACUUUAGCAUGGGAGUGGGAUUUGGGGAUGAAGUCUGGUUCCAGAUUGUAGAGGAGGAGGAAGAGCAAAGUCAGUCAGAGAGUCAGAACUCAGAUGUGGUCGUCUAUCAGAUCUUUGGGUUUGAAGAUCAAACUCUGCCGUUCUCUCUGACCAUCAUCGAUACUCCUGGAUAUGGAGACGACAGAGGGAUCCUACAUGAUGAUGAAGUCAGUCAGACGUUACUAAGCUUGUUUCAGUCAGAGGAUGGAGUUCCUGACCUUCAUGCAGUGGGUCUGGUGAUGAAGGUGACUGAUCAUCUAGUCAGUGAUCGACUGCAGUACAUCUUUAAUUCAGUGGUUUCUCUGUUUGGACCAGAAAACACCGUAGCUCUGAUCACACACUCUGAUGGAAUGCCUCCACACGAGGUCCUUAAAGCUCUAGAGAAGGCAAACAUUGAAUGUUCGAAGGAUAACAGUGGUGAGCCAAGUUAA